UCGGAGAGACGCGAGGUGAACCAUCGACGAUCGGAGAGCUCUUUCUUCGAAGACGCGAGUGCCAGUAACACCCAAGGAUCAUGGCCAAGCACCAUCCUGAUCUCAUUAUGUGUCGGAAGCAACCAGGGAUUGCUAUCGGUCGCCUGUGCGAGAAGGAUGAUGGGAAGUGUGUCAUCUGUGAUUCAUAUGUCCGUCCAUGUACACUCGUGCGGAUCUGCGAUGAGUGCAACUAUGGUUCAUUUCAGGGAAGGUGUGUCAUCUGUGGAGGAGUUGGGAUUUCUGAUGCCUACUAUUGCAAAGAAUGCACCCAACAGGAGAAAGACCGUGAUGGGUGUCCCAAGAUUGUCAAUCUGGGAAGUGCCAAGACUGAUCUUUUCUAUGAAAGAAAGAAAUAUGGAUUUAAGAAAAGAUGAUCUGUUUUCUCUUCUACUUAGGACUACUAUGUUGUUAAUGUUGUAACAACUAUAUGCGGAAGACUAAGCACUUGGUACACAAUGCAGUUAUGGGACUGUUUGAGAAAGAUUAGAAAGGAACUAUAUGCAUAAGCUGACAAAUGAUAUUAAGUGCAUUUUCUGUAGUUUGAAUCAUAUAUGAACUUUAUAUGCUUCUUUCUUUCUUUUU